ACAAUUUUUAUAAUAAUAUCUAUAUUGUCACCUGGUGGAUAUAUUAUCGUUAUUAUUAUUUUUUUUUGUUGUUGUAAUAAUAAUAGAUUGGUUAGAGCAACACCCACAAUCAUCAAUAGCGAUUAUCAUCAUUAUCAUUAUCAUCAUCAUCAUCAUCACAAAUAACCAGAAAAAAAAGGUUUGGCAUAUUUUGCUGCUGAUGAAAAUCCGUUGUUGUAUGAAUUUUAUUUUAUGAAUUUGAUCGAUUUCCUAUUCAAAUAACAAUCGACAAUUGUAAACAACAUCGACAACCAAAAUUUUUAAAAUUUUGUAAAAACAACAAAUUUUUUUUUUCGUUUAAAUCAACAUCAACAAAAAAUAUGGAUUCAAAAGAAAAGAAUAAAUUGAUUGCUCGUUAUGGUUUCAUGAUAUUGAUCAUAUUGAAUAUAUUAGUUUCAAUAUGGGUAAUUAUCUAUGAUUUAAAAGUGAUAAAACGUAUACAAGAACAAUAUCCUGAUGAUUGGCAAUUAAAUGAAAAACAUGAUGGUUCUACUGCUCAUUAUUGGUUCAUUGCCUGUGUUAUUGUUAUGAUUUUUAAUCUGAUCAUAUCAAUGAUCGGUCUUUAUGGUGCUAAAACUGAACAAAUGCAUUUUAUUAUGAUUGUUUCGGCAUUAUUUGCCGUUAUUGCUGUUUAUGGUGCAUGGGAUAAAUAUAUGAAAGGUAGUAUCGCAUCAUAUCUAAUGCCAUUGAUUACAUGUAUUGUUGGUAUUCUAUAUGGUUCAUUAAGUUUUAUGCGUUUUAUUGAAGAAUCAUCUGAAGUACCUGGUAGUAAAAAUUUUCAAUACGUUAUUCGUAAUCAACCAACAACACCACCAAUCGAAUCAAAUUAUGAUGAACAAAUGCCAUUUAAAUCGACAACAAUUGAAAAACAAGUUUAAUUGAAAACUGUUUUGCUGAUAAUUUUUGUAAAAUUUUAUAUUCUUUUUUUUUAAAUAAAACUAUAGAAUUUACUAUAA